UCAGCUUUCGUCGGUCAAUGCAACAAGUCGCGGCAACACAAUUCACUCAGUCACAGUCACUAGUGGCAAUAUGGAACGUGUGCAAAAAAGACGCUCAUUGUGGUGAAAAGUAAGAAGGUCAACAGUGAAGAGGCGGUGAAAAGUAUUUGUGGCAGGAAAAUAAACGGUCAAAGCGGUUGUUAGACAUUACAGUUCAUGCUAACACAGUGUUACAUUUCGAGUGGCGCAUUUUCCCAACAAUUCUUUGUUGAUUUAUUUAUUUUGCACUCAACUGUUGAUUGCCGGCGCUGUCGAGUACUUUAAAUCACACAUAUAAGUAUAUCAAACUAGAGACUUGCUAAUAUGUGCUUAUUGUAGCGAGUUCAUUCAACUGCAACGGGUUAGCAUGUUAACGUAGCGCUAAUAAAACAUUUCACCAUCAACAACAACACUAACAACAGCAGUGAUUAAUUGUUUCACUACGUAAAAGCAAUUUUCCUCGCGCUCUUUCUCUGUGUGUGAUUUCCAGUGCGAUAUAGUACAAGUGCAGCAGUAUAUCAGUGCCUAGGCGCAUGCUGGCUUUGUGACAAUAAAGUCACUGCAAUAGAAAGGCCGCAGCUCGAAGCAGGCUCAACGAAUUGGCGCAAUCAUCGCCGCAAUAUUGCCGUUAACGCAGAUUAUGCCAGAGAAGAGACACACAAAAAUACAAAAACAAACAAUUCAAAAAGCCACCAGAAAAGCCACAAGCAUAGAUGCAUGUGUGUUAACAUUUCGAAAAACAACAAAAAUCAAGCAACAACAACAGCAAUACUAAACAACUCAAGAGUCACCAGCGAGGAAGUCGCGUUUUCGCGUGCAAUCGCUGCAAACAAAAUAACAAAAACAACACUAACCACAAAAUAAUAACCGUUACAACUACCGCAACGAUCGAAACCUUCCCGUAGCUUUUGCUGCAACUCACAAUCUCUUCGCUAAAAGCCAACAGAUUUCAGGAUGGAUUCGACCACAGACACCGGCUGCAGUGACUCGUACAACAGUUACGGUAAAUCACACUCCAGCGGCACUUCGCUCAGCUACAGCAGCGACAUAAAUGCGAUCAGCGUCGAUUUGGGCGAUGGCGAUAAUAUCUCAUGCAGUGGCCUCAAGUACUUGCCCACUUGGCCGGCAAUCAAUUUGGAGUUUCGCGAUCUAACUUACGAGGUGUACGAUGUGCAUACGAAGGCACGGAAACCGUUGCUGCACAGCAUUAACGGACAGUUUCGUGCGCACGAGCUAACCGCCAUUAUGGGCCCAUCGGGAGCGGGGAAAACGACGCUGCUGAAUCUACUCGCCGGCUACGGCGCAAAGAAAACAUCCGGUGAAAUUUGCGUAAAUCACAGUCCGCGCGAUAUGCGCGUUUUCCGCAAAAUGUCACGCUACAUCAUGCAAAACGAUGUGCUGGAUCCACACUUCACGGUGCUGGAGGCGAUGCUGCUGGCCGCGCACCUAAAGUUGGGCAAUGAGUUGAGUCACGCGCAGAAGUUGGAAGUGAUCGAUGAGAUACUAAGAAUGUUGGGUUUAAAGAAGGUGCAGAAUACCAUCACGCUGCGGUUGUCCGGCGGUGAGAAGAAACGUCUGUGUAUCGCAUUGGAGCUGGUGAAUAAUCCACCGGUGAUAUUUCUCGAUGAACCCACCACUGGUCUCGAUGACAUAUCCAGCUCGCAAUGUAUCUCUCUGCUGCGCGGUAUUGCGCAUCGCACUGGGCGUACCGUUAUUUGCUCCAUCCACACGCCAUCCGCCAAAGUCUUCGAUAUGUUCGAUAAGGUUUACAUAUUGGCCGAGGGUCAGUGUAUUUAUCAGGGUGCGGGCGCCAACAUUGUGCCUUAUGUGCAGCAUAUUGGACUCACAUGUCCGCGUACUUACAAUCCGGCCGAUUUUAUCAUUGAGGUUGCCUGCCAAGAAUAUGGCAGCCAGUAUCAUGAACCAAUGGUUGGCGCUAUCGAAAAUGGCAAGGUAUAUCGCUGGACGCCACAACGGGAGUACAGGCAAAUCAAAACUGACGUCACCAACAAAUCAGACACAACUUCCGGUGCUUCGUCGUUCGAUGAGUUGGAACAGUUCGAAGAGGAAAUCAAUCCGAAAUUGCUGAAGCAGAAAGCAACCUGGUGGAUGCAAUAUAAACUGCUGCUCAUGCGUAUGAUGGUGCAGAUGUGGCGCGAUAAGUCCUACAUUAAGCUACGUUUCUACAUGAACAUCGUGCUGGCGCUGAUUGUUGGUGGCAUCUACAAAGGCGUGGGCGAUGAUGCCUCAAAAGCUUUCUUCAAUUUCGGUUUCGCUUUUACGAUAAUUAUUGCGUACUUAUAUCUGCCGAUGAUGCCAGUAUUAUUACAAUUUCCGACAGAGAUGAAGUUUCUAAAACGCGAAUACUUCAAUCAGUGGUAUCACUUGAGCUCAUACUAUGCCGCUCUAAUUUGCUCCAAAUUGCCUUUUAUGUUCGUGCUGGCCACCAUCUACCUCAUCAUGGUCUAUAUUAUGUCCAGUCAACCCUUGGAGCUUUUCCGUUUUUGCAUGCUCUUCUUGAUAGCUUUCUUAACCGCUAUGACGUCGGAAAGUUUGGGUCUCUUAAUCUCAUCACGCCUUAGUCUGGUGAAUGCCAUGUUCAUGGGUCCAGUUAUCGCGGUGCCACUUAUACUGCUCUCCUGUUAUGGAAUCGGCUAUGGCAAAGCGGUAUAUAUACACCCACUAAUGCGCUAUCUGAUGCAACUCAGCUACUUGCGUCACGGCAUGGAAGGUCUGGUCGCCGCUCUCUAUGGUUACGAGCGUGAGGAUCUACAUUGUCCGGAUACUGAAGUAUUCUGUAUGUUUAAGAAGUCGAAAUUCUUGCUUAUGAUUCUCGGUUUUGAGAAUUUGAACUACAUGUUCUCGGUUGCUUGCCUCGUGCUGUUCUAUAUAAUAUUCACACUCGCCGCCUACUUUAUGAUACGCCAUCGGCUCUCACUCCGUACCUCAAACAAUGUGAUCGUGCAAUAUGCCAAGCAGUUCAUGGUGAAGCAUCUGAACUUUUCUUCUUACAAUUACUAGCUGUGCUCGAGUAUAUAUUCUAUAUUUUCGUGAAACCAACAUAUUGUACAAAGAGUAUUUAUAACGAAUUUUAGCACUUAGAAUGGGAGGGCGCUUACGAGUUUAAGAAAACUUUUUAAUUGUCUACUACUUAAAUAGAAUAGCCGUUUUGCCAUGAAAACCGAAGUAUCACCUUGUGAUCAGUUUUAAAUAGUUAAUAAGCAAUGUAACGUUAUUUAUGUAAACUUAAGUGCUUAACCCGGUGGAUACAGUGAUAUUAGAUUUAAGUGAAUACAUUAACUUUACUAACGAAUAAAGCAAUAUUUUAUAAUGCGAAAGAA